AUGGUGACACCGGUGUUUAAACGUAUCAACAUCCGGUUAGGGGCAGGAGGCUGCUGCCGCUGCGGCGUGGUGUUUCUCCUGUCCGCCGCCAGGGCUGAGCAGGAGAGAGAGAGAAAAAAAACACAGACAGCUCUCAAUGUGCACGGAUCUCUCUGCUUCAUGGCCAGAGCUGGCCUCCUGAUCCUGGCAAUCCUCCAUGGAUUCUGCCAUUUGUUCACAGUUAGUGCCGGUGUUUAUCUGCAAGAAAAUGGACUUCCAACACAUAAAUCAAAGGAGACACAAAGUUUCAUGCCAGCGCUUUGCUCGCCAGUGACUGCCCGGCUGUCCCCAUCGCCAUCAGUUCAUGCCCUCACACCAGCUGAUAUCACAGCACUUCACACACUGGGGAUGCCUCUGUCCAACAGGAAUGAAGCUUCCAGAGUUGUCAGUAGGCUGAGAGAGUUGUUGUCCAUGUUUAAUCCCGAGGUGGUCCAUCACCGUGGGGAUCAGACCUCCUUGCAGCACAGGAGUUUAUUACAGGAGGUCGAAGACCUGUCCUCCUCCCUUUCAAAUCAGGAGGUGACAGACUGGCAUAUAGUGCUGCUGUUCGUCCCUGCCGAUUUCACAGGCGCCUGUUCACCAGAUGUCAUUGCCAACGUUGAAACGGCAGUGCAGGAAGUGGACGCAGCUCUGAAGAUGCUGCAGAAGCAGUUGCCUCGCACCUUAGUCCAUGUGGUGGUCUGGAGUGAUCAUAAACGGGACGAUAAGUGGACAUGUGCAGGAGCAGGUGUGAACCCAGGUCUACAUAAAGCGCUCCAACUGAAAGCCCUGCAGGACUCUUUGAGUGAUCUUUUGAGAAAUCCAGCCCAGUACAGCAGAGGUGAAGACUUCGCCGUUGUACUGCAGUCUUCUCCAGUCAUUCUUAAAACCUACUCAGAUUCUGAAAUCACGGACUCCCACCUUAAUGAAUUGGCUCUUCAGCUAUGGACCGACGUGCUCCAACCGUCAACAGACCAGGCUAAAACGAAUGAUUUCAUUACCAUUACCUGUCCGACAGAGGAGAGGCCUUUUCUUCGAACACACAUAAACUCCCCCCUUGGAAGAGAGGUGGAGGAGGUUGUGAGUAAAGCCACUGCACCAGUAGAUCCUGUUAUGGGUACUGAAGUGCCUUGUACAGAUCGCAAUCCAUCUCCUACCACGCCCUCGUCAGUUCACAAUGUCCGACCAGGGGAUGUCAAGGUGGUAGCGGCAGUGGGCGACUCUCUGACUGCAGCCAAUGGUGUCGGUGCAAAAGACAACAACCUAAUUUUGGUGACUUAUCAAUAUCGAGGUCUAUCAUGGAGCAUUGGCGGGGAUGAAAACAUAACCACUGUGACAACUUUACCAAACAUCCUGAGGGAGUUUAACCCUUCUGUGACUGGAUUCUCAACGGGCAUCGGGAACCAGAACAGCCCAGGAGCUUUUCUGAAUCAGGCCGUACCCGGAGCCCAGAGUGUUGACAUGGUGCAGCAAGUGCGCACUCUGGUGGCCAAAAUGAAAAGUGACUCGCGCAUUGAUUUCAACAAUGACUGGAAAGUGAUCACCAUGUUCAUCGGUGGCAAUGACAUAUGUACCCACUGCACUGACAGUAUAAUCUUCUCAGCCAGAAAUGUGGUUCUUCGAAUCCGUGAAGCCCUGGACAUACUCCACAGUGAAGUGCCUCGUUCAAUUGUUAACAUGGUGGAGAUGUUCAACAUUAUACCCCUGCGUGAAAUGCACAAAGAUAAAUCUUUGGGUUGUCCCACCUGGAUGGUCAAAAUACUUUGCCCCUGUGUCCUGGAGCCCACUGAGGGAUCGCGUGAACUGCAGAGGCUUUGGGACAUCAACAGAGCGUAUCAGAAAGGUAUAAGAGAGCUGAUUGACUCUGGACGGUAUGACACACAUGAUAACUUCACUGUGGUCCUGCAGCCCUUCUUUAGAGAGGUUGUCCUUCCCAGGUUAGAGGACGGUCGGCCUGAUCGCUCUUAUUUCUCGCCGGACUGUUUUCACCUGAGCCAGAAAGCUCACACUCUCAUGGCUCGGUCGCUUUGGAACAACAUGUUGGAGCCACUCGGCAACAAGACUUACACACAAGACUUUCUUGCAGAAAUUGAUCUGAAGUGUCCAUCAGAGAGCAACCCAUUCAUCCGAACAGCGGUUAAUAGUGACUACACCUUUCCAGGCCCUCCACCAACUUCUCCUCCAAUUACUAACUGGGGCAGUGACUUCUCCUGCACUCCUAUGGCUCCGUCAAACUCCGUGCCCACUUCAGCUCACAGAGUACGUCCAGCAGACAUUAAGGUGGUGGGGGCUCUCGGAGACUCUCUAACGGCUGCCUUUGGUGCAAGGGCGACAAGCCUGCCGCAGCUGAGCAAUGAAUAUAGGGGGGUGUCAUGGAGUAUCGGAGGGGAUGACACUCUUGAGACUGUCACAACACUGCCCAAUGUCCUGAAGAAGUUCAACCCUGGCAUCAAAGGGGCUUCAAAGGGGAUCGGAAAAGAGCAGACCGGCUUCAACGUGGCUGUAUCUGGGGCUAAAGCAGGAGGGGUUCCAGAGCAGGUCAGACGUCUGGUUGAUGCCAUGAAAAAUGAUGCUGCAGUGGAUUUCCAGAAUGACUGGAAGCUUGUGACCCUCUUCAUUGGAGGCAACGACCUUUGUCAGUACUGCAACGACCGGGCCACGCUUUCAUCUGCAAACUACAGCAAUCACUUGAGGACAAGCUUGGAUAUCUUGUACAAUGAGGUUCCACGAACUAUCGUCAACGUCUUGGAGAUCCUGGAAGUUGAAGGCCUUCGCAGAAUCAAAAAGGAUAGCCUCGGAUGCACCCUGGUGCAAAAGCAAGUUUGCCCUUGCUUCUUGUUACCUGGAGAGGAUUCCCCAGAGCUGGCUGAAAUGAAACGGAUCAAUCGGGAACUGCAGAUUGAGACUGAAAAACUGGUGUAUGGAGGUCGUUAUGACGGCAGGGAGGACUUUGCUGUGGUUGUCCAGCCUUUUUUCCGAAAUUCCAUUGUUCCAUUAAAUGCUGAGGGCCUGCCUGACACCACCUUCUUCUCUGAGGACUGUUUCCACUUCAGUGAGCGAGGACAUGCUGGCAUGGCUGCUGCUCUGUGGAAUAACAUGCUGGAGCCAGUGGGUAAAAAACAGUCCUACAACAAUUUCACCAACGCCAGAAAUAUCCUCAAGUGCCCCACUGAGGAGGAGCCGUACAUCUUCACAAGCGUGAACAGUUUUCCCAGUGCGACCACAACCACAGCACCCCCAGCGGGCACCAUCCCGGGAUGGCUUGCCGCCGUGCUGACCAUUGUUGGCCUUCUGAUGGGCUGCAGCGUCACCUGGCUCCUCCUCUCCCGCAGACACAAGAGAAGCAAGAGGAAGACAAUGGCUAGUGUUGAGAGGGACGGCGCUGCUUGUGACACUCGUUUUAACUGUCAUACUGAACCAUACAAGCAGAAAAAAGAAGAAAGUCAGGGAGAGAACAGCUCUUUCUGACAUCUAAGUUCUUGCAGAAAUGAACAUACAGUGUUUUUACAAAACAUUAUUCAACAAAGCAAUGUAGCACUCUCUCUUUUGACUGGAAAAAAAUAAAUGUGUAUGUUAUACUCUUUUAACAGAAAUCAGUAGUUUAACUGAUUGAAUGAGAGCAACGCCUUUAAACAUUGCUUGGCUGAACUUAAGAAAAUGUCUGUGAGGAAUGUUUGCACUUGUAAUUUUCUGCACAAACUAUGCACAUUCUAAUGUAUUAGCUGGUCUAACAACUAAAAUGAAACCACUGAACAAAGGAACAUGCAAACAACUACCCUUACAGGUUGCAUGGCAUUAUAACUGCCUCAUAUCUAGAGGGUUUCGGAUAUUCUAACAUUAAGUAAUAUAUAUAUAUAUAUAUAUAUAUAUAUAUAUAUAUAUAUAUAUAUAUUUAUAUAUAUAUAUAUUUAUAUAUAAUACCUUUCUCACAACUUGACCACAAAUGAGUUUAACACUGUGCCAUCCUUCCUUCAAUUUUAGGUUUUCAAAGAAAAUUGUUGUGUAUUUUGUUCCUUGCUACGGUGAAAUAAAUAAUUUGAGAUUAUGACUUUUUUAAAUGUAUAUGUGCUCAGUCCCCUUGAAAUAAACAUGGAA